GCCCAAAUCGAAACUCACUGAGUUCUUCCCAAGAUUCGAAGAGAGAAAGAGAGAGGGAGAGAGCUCGAGAGGGAGGGAAAGAGUCUCUGGCUCAAUCCCAAUUUCCACCACACCAACAAGCCCUAGUUUCUACUUCAAAUUCUUGUUAUACGAGACGAGAAUGUCCAAAUAUCGGUUAAAUUUAUCCUGGAUAUUCUUGCACCUAUUUAUCUUUCAAUUCUCGCCCAGGAUUUCCGCCAUCAGGAAUGAUAUUGGAUUUCAAGAGAAUCCCAUCUGCAGAAAUACUGUUCAAGGAAGAUAUUUACUGUCUGAUGACAGCGCAUAUAUUUGUAGGCUAUGUAUGUGAUGCUCUACUGAUGGAUCCACAGUCUCGCUGCUGCCCUGGAAAAGGAGAGAAAUACUCUUGUCAUGGAUGCAACCUUCUCUCACAGUGUUGCAACUCCUAUGAGUUUUGUGUUUCAUGCUGCCUAAAUCCUGCACGGACACAAAAAGAACGAGUACUGAAGGUGAAGAUUGCUAAGCAAGCUACCGCAGUGACUUAUGCAAGUGUAUUUGAUUUCUGUGCUGGGAGGUGCCGUCAUAAUUCUGAGAGUGUGGUUCAUGAAAAUGCUUAUCUUAGCGAGUUCCAUCACUGCUUUUCUCUGUUGUCGAAUUCUUCGGGGGCCAGUAAUUCUUAUCUUGAAGGAAUGCUGAAUGGAAUUAAUGUUAUUGUUGGAAGACAAAGUGAGUCAUGCAAUUCAGUUUGCAAGUCAAAUGGACAAUCAUGCGUCCCAAAUAAGCUCUUGGUGCUUAAUCAAUGUGACAUUAUGCAGAAAUAUCAGAGCUGCAAAGGAGGUUGCUUGGCAAGUAUUGGAGCCGAUCAACCUGCUGAAGUUGUUGAUGACGCCCCUAAAAAUCUGAAUCCUGGAGCAUGCUUGUUUACUCGAGCUCAAUCAAUGCUUUCUUGUGAUGGUUCACAUCCUUAUACCAGGCGACUUUGCCCCUGUGCAUAGUGUGCAUGUUUUUGGUGAGUUUUUGUUGCCUCAGUAUAUAUUAAUACACCGUAUCAUGGUAUAUGUGGUGAGAAGGUUUUUAUUCAACAUCAGCCUUGUAUAGAUAUUGCGGAUUUCCAGUGAAACUACGAGUUUUAGAAUUUAUGCGUUCAAAAUUUUUUAAGUAAAAAAACGUUAAUUUUAUCGUUA